CCGCUCAGCGAUCGGUCGUCCUACUUUUCCUUCCCCUGCCACAGCUAGCUCUUGCCCAGCCCUCGAGCAACCACCCUCGCAAGCUACAUGGACACUGAAACCGGGGUCCCGCAGCCCCGACCUCCUGCUAUAAAUACCGCGCCAACUCUGCCUCCGAAGCCAGGGCAAUCGCCAUCGCCAUCGCCGUUGCCGUGUUCUUGGGCUCUGUUGUGCUGCCGCUUGCAAGGCUUUCUGCAGCUGAUCGAAGAAGAAGAAGAGGAUGACGAUCACCAUUGAACAGCCUCAGCUCGAUGCGGUGACGGAGAGGAAGGUCGCCACCGGCGACCCGGCGGAGCUGGUGCUCGACGGUGGCUUCGUCGUGCCGAACUCCAACGCCUUCGGCAACACCUUCAGGGAUUACAACGCGGAGUCGGAAAGGAAGAAGACGGUGGAGGAAUUCUACCGUAUCAACCACAUCAACCAGACCUACGACUUCGUGGCGCGGAUGAGGGCGGAGUACGGGCGGCUGGACAAGACGGAGAUGAGCAUCUGGGAGUGCAUCGAGCUGCUCAACGAGUUCAUCGACGACAGCGACCCGGACCUCGACAUGCCGCAGAUCGAGCACCUCCUCCAGACCGCCGAGGCCAUCCGCAAGGACUACCCCGACGAGGACUGGCUCCACCUCACCGGCCUCAUCCACGACCUGGGCAAGGUGCUGCUGCACCCCAGCUUCGGAGAGCUUCCUCAGUGGGCAGUUGUUGGUGACACCUUCCCUGUAGGCUGCGCAUACGACGAGCGCAACGUUCACUUCAAGUACUUCAAGGAGAACCCUGACUACAACAACCCCAAGUUCAACACCAAGUUCGGGGCCUACUCCGAAGGCUGCGGCCUCGACAACGUGCUCAUGUCAUGGGGCCAUGACGAUUACAUGUACCUGGUGGCCAAGGAGAACAGGACCACUCUUCCUUCCGCGGGUCUGUUCAUCAUCAGAUAUCACUCCUUUUACCCUUUGCACAAGCAUGGAGCCUACAUGCACCUGAUGAACGAUGGGGACAACGAGAAUCUCAAGUGGCUGCAUGUGUUCAAUAAGUAUGACCUGUACAGCAAGAGCAACGUCAGAAUAGACGUGGAGGAGGUGAAGCCCUACUACAUGUCGCUCAUCGACAAGUACUUCCCGGCAAAGCUGAGGUGGUGAAACAGAGGAACCGAAGAGUUGUUCCAAACCGCCGUGUGCUAUAUAGACCAAGUAUCUGUCAUGUAUGAACAUUUCACACCCGAGUUGAGUUGAGCGAGUGUGCCCAUUUGUAUUGCGCAGAUCAGAGCUCCAUGAGGGCCAUGCCUUUGGAAUAAAAGUUGCCAUUGUCUGUUC